CCACUCCUCGUUCCCUUCUCGUGUGUCUCGCCGUCUUCCUCCCCGGCGCACCCCCGUCUCGCUCGUCGGAUCCGAGCCCUAAACCCUAGAGCUUGCCGGCUGGGCUCCCCGCGGCGGCAAUGGAGGACGAGGAGAUGGACAAGAAGGUGCAGGAGUACCUGCAGCGCAAGGGCUUGCGCGUCGCCGAGCUCGCGCCGCCGGGGGACCGCGGCCGCCUCCCUGCCUCCGCGCCCCACAACGUCGCGCUCGCCGGUAUGCCUGGUGGUUUCCUAAGCUUUCCCCCGAAUGGUCAUGCUUAUUUCGCACCACCAUGGCCACCGCAACCACUUCAUGUUUCAAUGACUCAACAUGCUGCAUUGGCUUCAAAAGUCAAACCUGCCAUCAACAUUGAUGAUGGUGAUGAUGUUAGGACUGAGAAGCGCUUGUCAUGGAAACCAGAUGAAGACUUGAGAUUGGUGCAAGCCUGGUUAAACCAUUCCAGUGACCCGGAUGGCAAGAAAAAUGAGCAAUACUGGGGAGAUGUACUUGCAUUCUACAACAGCACUACAUCUACAAAACGGAAAAGGAAAGUGAAGCAUCUCAAAGAUCGAUUCCAAAAGAUAAAGAGAUGGGUUGGAUUUUUCUGCUGGUCAUUGAAGAAGGCUGCAUCAAUUGAAGAAACCAGACAAUCGGAUGACCAAUUGAUAGAAAAGGCUCUGCAAAUUUAUUUGGACGACUAUAAAGAAGGCCCAUUCAUAGUUAUGCAUUGCUGGAAGGUUCUCCGUGACGAACCCAAGUGGCAUGCAGUCCUGGAGGACCUUGAGAAAUCAAACAAAAGGAAACUGGGUGAUGAGGGAGAGGUGGGGAACAGCACACCCACAUCUGAAGAUACCAGGGAAAAGGAAUAUCCAACAGCGGUAAAAGAAGCUAAGAAACAAUGCAAUGGCAAAGGCAAGGUCAGGGCUAAUAACAAUGGUUUGGAUGAAGAUAUAAAGAGGUACAUGGAUAUUCAGGCUGCAUCUAAAAAACGCCAUGAAGAGUUCGUAAAGGUUCAGCUGCGGGUUUCUGAUGCAAAGGUUGAGGCGGCGAGGCUCAAGAGGGAGGCUGCUAUGCUGAAAACAUACAACUCUUUUAUGGGCAUGAAUACUAGGGAAAUGACUGAUGAGCUGAAAGCUGAACAUGCAAUAGGCUUGAAGCUUCUGCGGGAGAAAUUGUUUUGCAACAAUAGUUGAGGUAUGGAAACAGCUUCUGUAGGUGUUGUCUGGGCAUGAUUUUCAUGGUUGUCUCAAGAAAUGCUUGUGCAAGCUCCUUUUCUGUUUGAAUGUGUUCUAACCUGGAGCAUGUUCUAACCUGUGAUACCCAUGUAAAGGAUGUAAAGGUGCUAACAUGGUAGUGGUACUCUUUUUAGAGGACAUGGUACAGUGGUACCUGUAGUGGUUGAUGAUUUGGGUGCCUCUUCAGGAGCCGAUGCAUA